AUGACAAGUAAUGACAGUGAAACACUAGACGAAGUAGAUCCGUAUAAAGCAUCAGCUAUACCAGGCAUUGUUCUGACAAACAUUUUUGCUGGAUUGGGCAUUUUUGGAAACGUCAACAUUGUCUGGGCGACUUGUAGGAAGAGGUAACACAUUUUUACUAUGGAUACUUUUACUAUAUAGUGUGUACUGUAAUAAUAUACUGUAAUAUAGUUUGUAGGAAUUUUUUAAAUAUUUUUUAAUUUAAAUUGUAAUUUUAAGUAUUUUUAAUGCAUAAAAAAUUUUUUUUUUAAUUUUAGCCAACUCCAAGGUGUAUGUCAUGUAAUCAUAGCCAUAACAGCCUUAUCUGACAUUUUACAUCAAAGUGGUCAUUUCUUAUUUUUAUUCUUCUAUCUUACCAAAAAUGCUGUGCAAACCACACAAUUUUGUUUUUGGCUCCAGUUGGUACCAUCUUUCAACAUUAGUUUUGGGGCUUUUAUGGUACUGUCGAUUGGAAUCGACCGGUUGAUUCGGGUUUUGUUUCCUAUGGCGUAAGUAACGUUAAUGUUGAUUUUAUGUUCUACUGUCUAUAAUGUUGGCUUAAAGACUGUAGUUAUAAAUAAUAUAUAACCUCAAUGGUAAAGAAUUUUAGGUAUCUUCGAAUGAACAAAAGGUUAUAUAUCUUUGUCACACUCAUACCGCCAUUCAUUUACAGCAGUUACUAUGUGUAUCUAUGUUAUCCUUAUGUGAUGGCAAUUAAAGAUAAGUAAGUGAAGUUUUAUUUUUUGCGCCAUUCUUUUUGCACCAACUAAAACUUUACUUUUGUCACGCUUUCUCUUUACUUUUUGACCACAAGAUGCUAAAGUAACUAGUGCUUACUGCACUUAUUACUAUAUGGAACACUAUACGUAGUAAUUUAUACUAUACUAUACAUAUUACUUUUUAGCAAAGCCAUGCCCAUCUUGACAGCCAUGUUCAUAGGCGAGACCAUAGUAAUAUGGAACACAGUUCAAGCCUUUAUUCACGUCGCCGCCUUAUUUACCUACACUUUACUGUGGUUAAUCGUAAAGAAGAAGAGUAUGGGAUCAUCGGCCAAAAGAAUGAUCAAGUCAUUGUGUCUUAUUAUGGUAACCUUUGUAUCUGGCUGGGUGUUUGUGGGACUGUUUAUGGCUAUUAACCAAGCUUUACAUGAACAUAUGACACCAACUGAUGAAUACUUUUAUCAUUUCACGUUUGGAUGGCUGAUUAAUGUCACACUGGCAGCUAAUUAUUGGAUUUACUUUGUUUCGAAGUAG